AAUCUGUUGUUAUUAACAUGAAAAUACACUUGAAUAUUGCUGAAGCGCCGUGACGUUUUGCGUUCAUAUGUGGAAUGUUGAAUGUUAAAUUGUGUCCGAUGUUAUUCCCUGGAAUGAUCUUUAGUAACGUGCGUAUAUACGAGGCAAGCGUUUCAAUUCCUAUCAAGCUAAUGAAAAUUGCUCGUAAACAUUCUUCAUUCAACUUUCUAAAGGCGCAUUCUUUGCAAACUCGCUAAAGCUUUUAUGAAGAAGGACUUUUUAAGAAAGCAGUGCUGUUGAUUCAAGAUGGGUAACACAGCUACUGUGGUGGAAACUCUUAUUGUUGUCUUACUGGCUGGUAUCGUAGUCCUUUUAGCUGUCCUUAUUUUGAUAAAACGUCGUCGCUUGCUCCAGUAUAUCGAAAAUUACUCCGAGCUUAAAGAGACCGACGGAUUUGCCAGAAUAGAAAACAAUAGUACACAGCUACAGCCAUUAGUGAAAACUCAAUGUACACCAGUGCAGCCUUCCGCAAACUUUUGGUCUUUACCUGAAGUCAGCGAGGAGAACUGCGAAAUACGUUCUGCUUCGUGUCCAGUAAGAAGGAACGCGUUUUCCGAACCUGAUUCGAAAACCGAUGACGCCCGACCGCUGAAGUCUGCAGAGACGCCAAGUCUUUGGAGAAAGUCCCGAAAACUUAAGCGAGGUUAUAGCGAUUCUUGCUUUCAUGUUUGUCAACUUCAAUUGAUGGUUUUCUAUAAUUACUAUCAUUCCAAGUUGAUUGUCCAGUUAAUUUGCGCGGUGAACGUACCUUCAUCUUUUGGUGUCAAUCAUGGAAGUUACAUUGAGGUGGAGAUGUCGGAGAAAAAGCACACGACGCAGGUUCAACAUUCAUUUAGCAAUCCAGUGUUUGAUGAGACGGUGGAAUUCGAUGUUCCCUGCGAUGAUAUAUCAAGUGGGAGCGUUAAGAUAACAUUGUAUAAUAUGGACGCAUUCAGCCAUGGUAAUGAAGUGGGAAGCCUCGUUCUUUAUUUGUCCGAACUUGAUCUUAGUCCAAAGAAACCCAUACCAAUAUGGAGAACGCUCGUUCAAGAACACAAAUGGAAGAGCAACUCGAUGUUGUCCCUUAAAGAGAUCAAACGUAAAGGCCAGUUGAUGGUUUCAUUGAAGUACCAAUCUCUAAGCAAUAAAAUCACCGUUGUUAUCAUGAAAGCUACUAAUUUGCCAACUAUAAGCAAGAUAUUUGCUAUUGACCCGUACGUGAUUGUAAUGCUUCUCCUCGACGGUAGAAUAAUUCAGACGAAGAAAACAUCGAUGAAACGACGCAAUACGUGUCCUAUUUGGAACGAAGUGUUCGUUUUCGAGACUAUUGCAAAAACACCGAUAUCGGAUUACAGCAUUUGCUUGAAGUUGAAGUCGCACAACAAUUUAUCGGAGGAUUUAACGGUAGGUGAAGUAGACUUAGGAUGUCAGGCUCGAGGAAGUGGUAAAGAACAUUGGAAAAACAUGAUAAAGAGUAAGAAUCAAGAUCGAGCUUUUUCACACGAAAUUCAUUAAAAGUACGCUGUUCCAAUGAAGGUUUUUACUAUAGUUUUGUACAAAGUUUCCUCGAUUGCACAACCAGCAGCGCGACAUCGGACCAAACUCCGACACUUUCAUUAGCUCUUUCAAACUUUUUUCCAAAUUUUAUAUCAAGUAGUAACAUUAGUGCCACAGAAUAAGUCAAAUAAAGAAACGAUUAAGGAUAA